AUGGCGGACGGCCCGAAUCCUCCAAAGCCGGAUGGCCUACCUGAGGGUGCCAAAUAUGAGGCUCCCAAGCCCCAUAAACAAAAUCCCGCGCUUCGAAUGAUGGGAAUGCCCAACUUCCGCCUGAGAUUGCCCUCGCGGAAUUGGAUGAUCUUCCUAACGAUUGUCGGUUCCUGGACUGCAGCUGUUGUCUACGAUAGGAGGGAAAAGAAGAAAGCCCAAAAGAAAUGGUGCGACUUGGUCGCUCAUAUUGCCCAAGAGCCUCUGUCUCCUAAUCAGAUGCGCCGCAAAUUGACUGUCUUCUUAUCCGCUCCGCCAGGAGACGGCAUCAGACCGUCACGACAGUAUUUCAAAGACUAUGUCAAGCCCGUGUUAGUGGCCGCGGCAAUGGAUUACGACGUGAUCGAGGGCCGGAAGGAAGGAGAUGUACGAUAUGGGACAGCAGAACAAAUACGCCGGUUGCGGCGGAAAAAGGGCGAAAAAGGGACCAACUCUGCCGACCCAGAGAUGGACACCGAAGCAGCGAUAGAUCUGAUUCGGGACAAGAUGCAGAUCGUACCAGAGCCUGGAGUUCGUGGGGAUCUAGUCCUUGGAAGACAUACUUGGAAGGAAUACAUAAGAGGACUGCAUGAGGGAUGGCUAGGACCAGUUGACGAACCUCCAGCUGCGCCUGAACCUGUCUCCAUCUCCGAAGCUGAACUCCUGUCUCCACAUCCUCCCAUCGAAGGUCGAACAGAUAAUUCCACAGCCGCAGAAAACCAGGAAAUGCCAAAACCCGAAUCGGAAAUGAAAACAAGUGAAGAAGAGAAGAAGGAGGAAGAAAAGAAAAAGCCAUACCCUCCUCCAACAUACCUCCCCAUCGAUAAAUACUCAUCUGCCACCUUAUCGCCCCAUACUCCAAGCAGCUUCGAGCCGUCUCAACCAAUCCACCAACAGCAUCUCUUAGGCUUCCUCAAGACCCCUCAGAGAAUAUACCACUUUCUCACGCGUCGAUAUCUGGCGGACCAAAUUGGUCGCGAGACAGCUGCCAUUGUCCUCGCCGCAAGUAGACCGUACGAACAGAGUUCCUCAUCGUCCACUUUCUCCGCGGAUCCGUCAGAUCUGCAAGCGGACCUUGUGGCUACAAGAUCCCCCGAAUCCGACGCCUCUCCAAUCUCGACUUCAUCGCCUUCGCAGAACCUAACAGAAUGGGAACAACAAUCCCUGCUUAUUCAAGAGGAACCCAAGUGGCACAAAUCCGUGCGCAAACCCCGCAAGGAUGAUGACGCGCUCUACGAGCCGAUCUGGAUCAGCGACAUGGUCAUCGACGAUCGGAUAGGUUCGCGAAUGAGAAAGUUCCAAUUGGACCUGGAAGAAGAGGUGAGAGCGGAUAGGAUUGGUCGCGGCCAGGAGAAGGCGAGGGUGAAGGAAGUGGAGGAUUUGAGGAACGAGAAGGUCAUUGUUGGUAACUUGGAUGAUGAUUGA